AUGAUAAGAAAGCAUUUUUCUGGUAGAGGUGUUGAUUAUAUUUUGAUUUUAUUACACUUAGCUGGUUUGUCUAGGAUGCUGGGUGCAUUGAAAUUUAUUAUAACUUGUAAUUGUUAUUUUUAUUCGACUUAUUCUGGUUUAGAUUCUACGUUGUAUGUAGAUUGGGUGCUUCUUACGCCAAUAUUUAUAUGGGGUUAUUAUUUCACUUCUUUUUUGUUGUUUUUAUCUAUUCCAGUUUUGGCUGGAGCUAUAACAAUGUUACUUUGA